UAUUGCUUAUCCGAGCUCAUUUUGUUGUUCAGAGUGAGAGCGGAACUGUAGUUUAACAGAGGACGCGUCCGCCCGGACCUUUAAUAGUGAUGCGCCGAAGGAUUAUUUGACCUGAGCCUGUCAUUCUAAAACCGUAGUUGUUUGGGUCAGGGGAAGAAAAUCAAGACUGAAAAAUCCACCAUGACGCUUUUUCAUUUCGGAAACUGUUUUUCGUUGGCUUAUUUCCCUUAUUUCAUCACAUACAAGUGUAGUGGACUAUCAGAAUACAAUGCAUUUUGGAGAUGUGUCCAAGCAGGUGCUACCUACCUCUUUGUACAGCUGUGCAAGAUGCUGUUCCUUGCCACUUUUUUCCCCACCUGGGAAGGAGGAGCUGGCGUGUAUGAUUUUGUUGGGGAGUUCAUGAAGGCCACAGUGGACAUGGCUGACCUCCUAGGUCUUCAUCUGGUCAUGUCCAGGAAUGCAGGGAAAGGAGAAUAUAAGAUCAUGGUGGCAGCCAUGGGCUGGGCUACUGCAGAGCUUGUUAUGUCAAGAUGUAUACCUUUAUGGGUUGGAGCACGUGGCGUUGAGUUUGACUGGAAAUAUAUUCAAAUGAGUUUGGAUUCCAACAUCAGUCUGGUGCAUUAUAUUGCAAUGGCAGCAGUUGUGUGGAUGUUCACCCGAUACGACCUUCCGAAAAGCUUCCGGCCUCCUGUCACCAUCCUGCUGGGGCUGUGUGUUUAUAAGGGCUUUUUAAUGGAAUUGUUUGUUCACAUUUUCAUUCUGGGUAGCUGGACGGCCCUUCUGGUAAAAUCUGUCCUCACCGGUGCCAUCUCCCUUUGCUCACUCUUCCUGUUUGUCACACUUGUUCACAGUAACUAAACCCUUUGUCUUCUGUUGGGUGCCACCACACACACGGGGCAUUUUCAAGUAUUUAAUUAGCAAAUCCACAUUCCUACAACCAAUUCGGUUCACUUUUGAAAACUGCUAUCAGAAGACUGUGAAAGUAUAACUGUUAAAGGAAUAGUUCAACCAAAAAUUAACAUUGUGUCUUUAUUUUCUAGCCCUUAUUAACUUAUAUAAAGAAACCUAUAUAACUUUAGUUUUUCUGUGGAAUGCAUAUGAAUGUUGAUUCAUUUUACUCUUAAGCAGAUAAUUAAUGACAACGACAUAGCGCCAUUAGAGUAAUCCAUAUGACUGUAUAUCAUUUGUUCUGAAGUCUUACAAUAGAUGUGUUUGAGAAACAGGAUUUGUUUAUUUGAAAUCCUGCCCUCCAUAAUAGCACUUCUGCCUAUUUUACUAAUCGUGGUUGAUUAUGAAAGAACCCUGAUGCUUUCCAUACGUUUCAACAUCCAUACGUUGUUCCUCUGACAUAGUUGUCAUACGGUCAAAACACUUUGAAUAUUGCAUUUGAGUAUUAGACACUUCAACUUGAUGUUGAGAAGAUUUAAGACAGGAUUUUAAUUUUUGGGUAUGCAAUUUCUUUAAUGAUUCAGGUUGUUUAUAAUUGACAAAUAAUUAAAAAGAAAUUGUGAUCAUCAGACAUGUUUUUAUAAUCAGGUUUUUUGUAGAAUUAUAAACACUCCAAAAAGUGUUUCUUUUCCGUUAGUAUUCUUAUUACAAUAAAACUGACUGUUCUACUUGAAACGAAUUUGGUAAUGUAGCUGUUUUGGAAAAAGCUGAUAAAAGUAAUAAUAUUCAUUCUGAUUAGCAAGCUUUGCAUCGGGAGACCAUUUAUAAACUAACAAUUCUAGUGUUUUAUUAUUGUUUAUUUCAAUAACAUUGUCACCUGGAAAACCACCGCCCCCCCUCUAACCUGCUGAGUUCCAGUUGAGAUCUUAAACUCAAUUUGUAAACACAUUUGGUGUGCAUUCAUAGUUUAAACAGCUGUUGACCAUCUUAAAUGGACAGUUCACCUGAAAAUUCGAACAUCAUUUGCUGUGAUCUUUUAUGAUGUGCGUUUGGAUUUUUCUAUGUCCUCUGAAUAAAUCUUUUGAAUCAUUUUUU